AGUGUCCUUAUUAACAGUUUAUAUAAGAGUUCGUUCUCUACCGAACCCUCAAAAUGAUGGAUUUUCGUGAUGUCACGGCCGAAAACCAAAUUAAAGGGUUUUCGGCCUACUUCGAUAGUAUUAACUAUCCAGCACAACCGCUGAGCGCGGAGUCAAAAGUAUUUUUCAACACCUUUUUCGGCGGUGAGGGUUUUAUUACCCUUUGCGACCUUCUGUUUGGGCCCUAUUAUGACAAAGGCGCUUCUGACGCAAGGGAACUGUGCUGGAUGGAUUACGCGAAUUUGGCACCUACGCAAAGCGUCGCCACAGCGUUGUCGGGGCUUAUUCAUCCAAACUCUGCUUUUAUAUCCACCCUAGAAGCACUUUCCACGCCAUCUGCCACCUUCUCGGCACGGAUCAAAAAAGGUUGGAAGAACGCUGCGGAGGCUCGCCUCGAAUCUUUUCUCUACACUGAUCUGCCUCUCUCUUCAGUGUAUCCACAAUCUUACCAGCUUAUGACAGAGCCUGGGGAUUCUAAUUUGUACGUGCUUCCGCGGUCACGGGUCCCGCCAAUCCUGCUCGUACCUUUCUGGGAACCGCCUGUCGUGACUCGCAAAGAGCUUAGCCAGCAGCAAAUUUUGACGUCUUUGCCGUGCUCCCCAAUCGGCUAUUUUGUUUUCCGUUUGUUCUUUUUCGGCAUGAAACGUGUGAAACAGUAUAGCGGCGACUACCUUGCCCAGCGACGGCGUAGAAAUUUCUUUUCCUGCAUGUGGCAUCUGAAGGAAGUAGCUUACGCGUCACUUUUCAAAACAGUUCCGAUUGAUAUGCCUUAUUACACGCAGCUACUCCAAACGUACACGCAAAUUUACGUGUCACCAUCCCUUCCGCGGCAUUUGAGCAGUAAAGCGACAAUUGGCGACGUCACGUGGACCACUUGCGACACUGUUGCGGCGCUGUUAAUAAUGGCGCCGUCACUUCUGGCGCACCGUCAAAUGAAGCAGCCGCUCGAUGAAAAUACGCGAUUUGGCUGCACAAACCCCGAGUCGCUCGCACAAAUUACCUCCAUCGUGCCGUUGCAUACAAGCAUGGUGUAUGCUUUGCUUCAGAACCGCAGCGACUUUCCUGUCCAAGAUAGCCAAUUUUCUGUCCCGCCAGACUUUCCGCUUGACGCAAGUUCCAAAGCGCAAAGCGAUCUCGAAAGCAUCGGUAGCACGCUUUAUCGUAAUUGCUUAAUUUUACUGCGUGAGUGUUUACUAUCCUUAGACCUGGAGCCGUAUUGCAAGUCAUCCCACUUCACCUAUUGUUUUGAAUUAUGGGCAGUGCUGAUGCAUCCUUUCGAUAAGCAGCAGCGGCCGAUGGCAUCUCAGCACGUGCUACAUCACUUUGAAGCUUUCAGCUUCAUUACCGUUGAUGUGUUGAAUAUGCUGGUAAAAAGCUCUUUUUGUCGAUCGAUGAACGAGGAGAGUGUGAAAGUAUUGAAAAAGUGUUUUUUUCUUCUUUCUCAGGACUCGGUUGGGAGCCUUUUAGGUGAUAUUCACACAUCACAGACUUCUCCUCGCAGCAUUGCGGACGUCGUGAGCAGAUACUUCGUUCUAAACUGGACAGGUAACGACGGAAAUAUUCAGUUACCCGAUUUGCACGGUGACACAACCUGCGAUCUUGCUGCCAGAGCCUACGUUUUACUUGAACGGGCGCUCAGUGGAGACCUAUCGGAUCAACUUAAGAGCGAUCUGCGCGAAGCACUGAGUUUCAUGGAGAAAGUUUUCCCUAAUAUUUCCACACACUUAGAUGCGUGGCGCAGCGCUGAGAGAAGCUCCUUCGUCGCCUCUUCAUCGACCUCUUCGCGUCACGUCACCAUUGCAGACAGGCUCUCGGACAGUGAUAGAUCGCUUUUCUUCAAGGGCACAAAGACACAUCGGAAAAUCUUUGCUAAAAAUAUUCGACUGCCUACGCGAAACGGCCGCAUACCUGGGGGACAUCACCCUGCGCUGCAGACGAGUCUCCGAAACGAAAUUCCGUUGCUGCUGGGCGUCUCCCGAUUUCUGGAUGCCGUGACUGUAAAGGCGCUCGCGGUAUACUACUCUAGCUUAAUUCCGAAGUGCGACAAUGGUCACAAUUUGUGGCUGCUGUAUUCGAAGAAUUAUUCCUGCUGCAAUCACCCACGAGAAACGGCAAUAUGGGAGUGCUCUUUGUGCGAAACUGUUUAUGGCAGCUGCUGUAUGGGGUUCCCGUUUCGUGCAGAUGGUGUGCGAUAUUUAGUGUGCGAAGCUUCAAUAUCCGAUGAUAAGCAGUGUGGCUUAUGCGGUCAAGUAGUUCCAAAUGACUGCAGUCUUUUCUACCCGGAACAUAGCCGCGGCAUUUAUGUGUGCCCCGAUUGUGCGUCACAACCUUUCAAAGCACCAUCGACACGCUGGAUAGCGUCGUACACAACGUGGGCUACACUUGUUGUUGCAGUAAUGUUAUACUUCGUUAUUGUGUUUUUGAGCAACUGA